UGGGACUGCAGGAAAAUCGGUGGCAGAGCUCGAGCUUCUGAGUCCUUCCCGUUCCUGUGACCUCCUGGACGAGGAGCGACAACCGCGCGAACAGAGCAAUGGGUCCAGUCAUCAGCUCCGGGAUUCAGCAGAGCCAAACUGUGGGAUCCUAAUGAGCCACGUGACCACUGAGUUCGGAUAGCCCUUAGAUUAGAGGACGGUGCCUACCGCUAUUCGGGCUUGCACUUUGGGGCCAGCAGCAUGAGAAGGUCAUCUCUGGGACACACCGGACCUGAGUAGGCCCAGCUGGAGUCCGGGAAUCAUGCUGUCUGCCUCUGACUUUCUGGAUGAGUUUGCCCAUCGUUUGUAUCUCCGUGUGGCUAUGUUUUGUGAUCUGUGUACUGAGAAUGGCAGUAGUCCCACUACUGUGACUUUUCUGGCCAGCCUCUGAAGACAGAAAAUGCUGGCCACGGUCUGUUCUCAGAGUUGAAGCUGGCUGUGCCUUGGGGCCACAUUGCUGUCAAAGUCUGGGGCUCCCAGAAGAACCCUCCAGUUCUCUGCCUGCAUGGCUGGCUGGACAAUGCCAACUCCUUUGACAGGCUCAUUCCUCUUCUUCCACAAGAUUUUCAUUAUGUGGCCAUGGAUUUCGGGGGACAUGGACUCUCCUCCCAUUACAAGCCAGGUCUCCUGUAUAACCACCAAAAUUUUGUGAGUGAGGUCCGAAGGGUGGCAGCAGCAUUUAAAUGGACUCGGUUCUCCUUCAUGGGCCACAGUUUUGGUGGCACUGUGGGCGGCAUGUUCUCCUGCAUCUUCCCCGAGAUGGUGGACAAACUUAUCUUGCUGGACUCAACACCAUUUCUCCUGGACUGUAAUGAAACAGAGAACAUCGUGACCUACAAACGGAGGAACAUAGAGCACAUGUUGCAGGUGGAAGCUUCCCAGGAUUCCUUGAGGGUGUCCAGUAUGGAGGAGAUGUUGCAGGGGCUCCUGAAUAAAAAUAGCCACUUGAAUAAAGAGUGUGGGGAACUCCUGCUGCAGAGAGGAACCAGGAAGAUGGCCACGGGUGUGGUGUCCAACAGGGACCGGAGGCUGUCUGUGCCAGAGCACAGCUUUGACUUCGUGAGCAAGGAGAUGCUAGUGCACUUUAUCAGCCGCCUGCAGGCCGAUGUGUUGCUGAUCAAAGCAACACAGGGUUACUAUGACGUGAGACGAGCCAAUGAUGAUAAUAAGGAACCCCUGCUCUUCAUGGUGGACACACUAAGAACCAUCCUAAAAGAGCGGUUCCAGUAUGUGGAAGUCCCAGGCAAUCACUACGUCCACAUGAACGACCACCACCUUGUGGCUGGAGUUGUCAGCUCCUUCCUCCAGAGCCAACCCAGGACAACUUCAAGGAUGUAGCUCUGGUCUUGGAGCUUGUUCACACUGUCUGUCCAGCACCCUCAGCCCACAAAAGGUGGGAUGGGUCUCACUGGGCUCAAAGCCCAAGAGAGGCAGCAGAGAAUCCUGGGGCUGAGCUAGGGGAAGGGGGUAAAACGUUUCUGACCUUUGAUAUCUGACUUCAUGAAGGGGGCAGGUGAGCUGGUGACCCUGAGGGAGCAGGACUGGGCAUGGGUCCCUGGAGCUGGUCCUGGUCCCAGGCUGUGUGGCAAUAAAAUCCUCUCCCAUGUUAA